UCUACUACCACCACCACCACCGCCGCCUCCAGCAGCUGACCACUACCACCACCACAACCAUGGCCUCGUAUUUUGGGAUCGACAAAAUUUUCAAGGCCCUGAGGAUCAUGAAGGACCACGGGGGGAUCAGGGCGUCCCUAUACCAGCUGUACAGGGUGGAUGACCUGAAGGAUGGCACUCUGGUGGGCGAGGAUGCCAUGGGUAACAAAUACUAUGAGAACAAACAGCUGACCUUGGGUCGCAAUCGCUGGAUUAUCUACAGUCCGAGUGUCGGCACUGAUUACGAUGGCUCCAUGGUGCCGGCUGAGUGGUAUGGCUGGCUGCACCACAAGACUGACCAACCCCCCACCAAGGUGGCCCCUACUUCCUACGGCUGGCAGAGUGGCCAUCAGAUGAAUGUGACAGGCACUGCAGAUGCUUACAUGCCCUACAGCACCACCAAGCCCAAGGUGGAGGCAUGGACACCCCCUAAAGCAACAUAGAACUCCCUCUUCACCUCACACUCAUCCUUUUCCUGUAUCGAGACUAGAUUUAGACUGGGUGGUUUGUGUUGCUGUGUUCCUUGAUGUUGUCUGCCAGCCAUCCUCAGAGUUCUGUGUAGGAUGAGAAGGAAAGGGUGAUUGGUAAUGUUCAUUGGAGAAAUUCUUUGGAGUAUUUUUAGAUGAUGAGAUGCUGUGUUGUGUUGUGUUACAUUGUGGUAGAAUGUGGAAGUAAUUGACUGAUGUAUAUGUGAAGUUCAGGGUGAAGGCAAGUCUAGCACCAAUAUUAUCUAACCUAAAGCUGAUCUAACCCAGGACUAAUGUGACUGCAUGAACUAUUAUUUGCUAUUAAGGUAGAGAAGAUCCUAUUUUGUUUCCUUUGAUGUUUAAGUGUCCUACAUGGAGAGUUGAAGGAUGCUGGCUGUGGCAACUAACAGGUCAAGGAAAAUUGCAAAUGUAAAUAUGUACAAUAAAAAUAAUAAAAUGGUUAAUGUUUAAACCUA